AUGCAGCAGCAGCAGAUGCAGCAGCAAGAGCUUGUGCAGCACCAGCAACUGCAGCAAGAGCUUGUGCAGCAACAGCAACUGCAGCAAGAGCUGUCGCAGAAGCAGAUGCAGCAGCAGCAGAUGCGGCAGCAGCAGAUACAACAGCAGCAGAUCCAGCAGCAAGAGCUUGUGCAGCACGAGCUGCUGCAGCAGGAGCUGCUGCAACAGGGAAGCUGA